GACCUCGGGCCCGGGGCUCAGGCCACUGCACGGACCCAGGGAACGGGCUGACAGUCCAGUGGAGGCCUCAGCGAGGCGGCGGCACUGCGCAUAAACCUGAGGACCUAGGCGGGUGAGGGGUCUGCAGGUCCAGACGCCUGAGGGGAAGCAUGCCAGGCUGCCCAGUGCCCCCCAAGGAGGUCAGCGAGGUUACUGGAGAGAGGCCCAGGAGGAGCAGGCUUGGGCAGCAGGGGUCGGGUUCCGGAUCCUCUGUGCGUGAGUCCACAUUGGCUCUGCAGGUCGGCAUUUUGAGCCACCUGGCAUGGCGUUCCAAGCCUGUGACGGGGCAGUGCAGGGGUCUGACUGGCAGGCACCCAGGUCCUGAUGGCUUCAUGGUUGAGUCCUGGCCUAAAGCCAGGGGUCCUUACAGACCCCUGUGCCCUGCACCCUUGAGGGAACUGCUGCCAGCAGCCCCUGGCUUGGGAGGGCACACGGCUGUGGGAUGCAGGGUCUCCUGCAAGGGCUCCACCCACCCCUGCCCCAGGCCUCCUGCUCAGCUUCCAGCAGCCUGGGGUCGUGGAGUCUUUGGGGGACCCGCUCUCCGGCAGCCCCCACCUGGGAGAUCAGCUUUCUCAUCCCAGAGGCCAGGUUAUUUCUGGGCGGGUUGGCACGCUUCCUGGGGGGCGGGGGGGGCAGUAAAUGUCAGGGGAAGGCCAGCCUAUGGCGUUUGCCCACGGAGAGGCCAAUGCUUGGUGACUGUGGUGUGUGCUCCAGGCAGGACAGCCCCAGGGUGGUCCUCAGAACACCAGGCGACCUGUACCUUGGCCAAUCGCAGUGCUGGGGUUACCCUGGGAGAUGGGUUGUCUGCGCCGUUAUUUCGUGCCCCUUCCCCGUACUCCGCCUCCUGUGGGAUCCCCUGCCUCAAGCCAUGUGGGCAGACAGCUGGCUCCAAGUCAGCCCCUGGACACCAGGCUGGAGUGGGAACUCCUGGAGCCAUUUCAGCAUGGCUGGCACCCCAGGCUGGGUGAGGACAGAUGAUGGUGCCAGGCUGUGGUCUGGGGGCUUGUCCAAAUGCCUCAUCUUGACACAGAAAAUGGCCCUCCCCACGUGAGCUUCACGUGGAAGCCACAAGCACCUCAGGUCUCAGAACACGCUGUGCCCUCCUGGCCAGUGAGUCCUGGCACUGCCCCAACCCUCUGCCAGCCCUCCUUGACUCUAGUUCAGGGGCGCCGCGUCUCCUGAGGGUGGCCCCCGUCCCCUGCCUCCCCGAGAGCCCUGGUCUGUCUCCUGAGGACCCUGGCAAGCUUCAGAUGCUGGGUUUGCCUGCGUCCCCCGCCCCCACUGGUGCAGCCAAGGAGACUCAGAGGCCCUGGUGCCUCUUUGUGUUUUGGAGGGGGAGCCUGGGGUACGCGAAAUCCGGCUGUUCUGUCUCUUGUAUAUUUCCUUCCUUGGCCUUGCAUGGCCUGUUUAUUUUAAAAAGUGCCAACCUGCAACCCCAAACAAGCUGGGGCCCUGAGGCCGUCAACCCCUCCAGUCUCCCCCAUGACCCGCAGUCUGCAUCCUUUCCCAGUUUCAUUCCUCAAGUGCAUGUAUUUUUAAUAUCUUGUAGUUACCCUGCUGUAUACUGUCAUCUUAGGAAACUUUUAAACUUAAUACCAGUAUGAGCAGGACCUACCCUGCUGCUUAGUGACCCCAGAUAGCAUGUCCUGAAGUGGUGUGUCCUGGGGAGGUGCGACAGUGCUCCUCUGUCCUGUCCCAGGCACUGUGGUGGGGGCAUCCGGUGUCCAGAUGCAGAAGCAAAAGCUGCUCCCGGGUUUCCCAGAAAUGGUCCCGAGGCCUUGGCCCCAGGGAAGCCAGUACAGGUUGGGAAGUGGACCUCUGGCCCUGUGGCGGAGGUCUGUUCUGCUCCAGUGGACCGCAUCUGCCUCGUCAUCAUCCAGCCAGCCACAGCUGGCUCCUGGGUCCCCUCGUCAAGCGGCAUUUCCCAGUAACAGUGACUUCGUGGAACACUUACGAAGCCCUUACAAACCAUCCUCGGACCUCUAAGGCAGGGACUCCAGGAGGCACAGCACCUGUGGUGGGGAUGGUCAGGCAGGCUGGAUGUGGGGAGGGUUCGGAAGGAGUGAGGAGCCACGCGCGGAACCCCUCAGACUCUCCCAGCAAAGGUCCUUGCCCUUGUGCGGGUCCUGCCUCUAGUUACGUGUUUGCCUUAGAGGCAAAGUUGGGCCGUCACGGAGGACCCACCAGGAUGGGGUCUGCGGACACACUUGCAGGAGGAACCCAAGGAAAGGGGGCGGGGGUGGAGUCCCACAGAUUGCGUGGAGCUUGCACAGCAGGCCUGCUGCUGCCUCCCAGGGCGCUGGUUCACAGCAGUCUGGAGAAGCUGAGCCGGCUGGACCAGACCACCCAAGGUCUCAGGUUGCAGCUCCCUGGUAAGGAGAGGACAAGGUGACUUCUGGGUGGGGUGGGGCAUGAAGAUGGAAGUCUGGCCUCGGGUUCCAACUUGACUCAAACGAGCUGAGCUCCUGGAGUUUACAAAAGGGACACCAGCUUCAGACAUCGUGGGGGCUGGCGUGGUUUGCUCUGGUGGGCUGGAUGGGAGCCUCCCCAACCCCUCCCCUCCCCAGGAGGCUCCAGACCCUCCUGAUUUUAGGCUGCAGCCUGUGGGUCACUCCAGGCACAGGUGGGGUGAGUCUCUUCUCACUGGAGGAGUUGUUGAGCAAAAGGGCUGGUGGGAGGCAAGGGGGCAUCCAGGGAUAAGGGGCCAGCUGUGCCCCCCCUUCCCCACCCCACCCACUCUAAUACUGCAGCCCCUAUGCUUCCAACUGCCUGCUCCAGCCUGAUGCCCAGCCCCUCACCGCCAGCGACUGCCCGCCGCCUCUUGUGCAAGCUCCUGGCGGGCUCCACUGAAGCCAAAGUGGGCCCUUGGGGGCAAGAGAGCCAGAGCAAGGCACGCUCCAUCUAGAUUUAGACAGGGAGAGACCUGGCGGACGCCACCCCCGAGGCCCCGGGGCGAGCUCAGUGCUGGGGACCGGAGGUGCAGGCUGUUGCCAGAAUCAUGGUGUGUGGCCCUGCCCAGCACGGGUCAGCCAGAGCGAGCCAGGACAGAAAUGACGGCCAGGCCCAUGUUCCUGCCGGGGGCUGCUCCUCCCAGGAGGUAAUCUGAGUCCUGGCCGAGCCCAAAAAAGCCACUGCCCUUUAGAGCCAGCUGUGUAAGUGCAGGAGGCAGUGCAGAGGGAGUGGGACCCCCAGCUGCUAGCCUCCCUCCACAUCCUCCUGCCUCCAGCAAGCACCAGGUGAGGCGGAACCGACCCUCUCGGCCAUGGGAGGGGCCGUGGUGGACGAGGGCCCCACAGGCGUCAAGGCCCCCGACGGCGGCUGGGGCUGGGCCGUGCUCUUCGGCUGCUUCGUCAUCACCGGCUUCUCCUACGCCUUCCCCAAGGCCGUCAGCGUCUUCUUCAAGGAGCUCAUGCGGGAGUUUGGGAUCGGCUACAGCGACACAGCCUGGAUCUCCUCCAUCCUGCUGGCCAUGCUCUACGGGACAGGCCCACUCUGCAGUGUGUGCGUGAACCGCUUUGGCUGCCGGCCCGUCAUGCUUGUGGGGGGCCUCUUUGCGUCCCUGGGCAUGGUGGCUGCGUCCUUUUGCCGGAGCAUCAUCCAGGUCUACCUCACCACUGGGGUCAUCACUGGGUUGGGUUUGGCGCUCAACUUCCAGCCCUCGCUCAUCAUGCUGAACCGCUACUUCAGCAAGCGGCGCCCCAUGGCCAACGGGCUGGCGGCAGCAGGCAGCCCUGUCUUCCUGUGUGCCCUGAGCCCGCUGGGGCAGCUGCUGCAGGACCGCUACGGCUGGCGGGGCGGCUUCCUCAUCCUGGGCGGCCUGCUCCUCAACUGCUGCGUGUGCGCCGCACUCAUGAGGCCCCUGGUGGCCGCGGCCCAGCCGGGCUCGGGGCCGCCGCGAUCCUCCCGGCGCCUGCUAGACCUGAGCGUCUUCCGGGACCGCGGCUUCGUGCUGUACGCGGUGGCCGCCUCGGUCAUGGUGCUGGGGCUCUUCAUCCCACCCGUGUUCGUGGUGAGCUACGCCAAGGACCUGGGCGUGCCGGACACCAAGGCCGCCUUCCUGCUCACUGUCCUGGGCUUCAUUGACAUCUUCGCGCGGCCGGCUGCGGGCUUUGUGGCGGGGCUUGGGAAGGUGCGGCCCUACUCCGUCUACCUCUUCAGCUUCUCCAUGUUCUUCAACGGCCUCGCGGACCUGGCGGGCUCCACGGCCGGCGACUACGGCGGCCUGGUGGUCUUCUGCAUCUUCUUCGGCAUCUCCUACGGCAUGGUGGGGGCCCUGCAGUUCGAGGUGCUCAUGGCCAUAGUGGGCACGCACAAGUUCUCCAGCGCCAUCGGCCUGGUGCUGCUGAUGGAGGCGGUGGCCGUACUCAUCGGGCCCCCAUCAGGAGGUAAGCUCCUGGAUGCGACCCACGUCUACAAGUACGUGUUCAUCCUGGCGGGGGCCGAGGUGCUCACCUCCUCCCUGAUUCUGCUGCUGGGCAACUUCUUCUGCAUUAGGAAGAAGCCCAAGGAGCCACAGCCCGAGGUGGCGGCCGCGGAGGAGGAGAAGCUCCACAAACCUCCUGCAGACUCGGGGGUGGACUUGCGGGAGGUGGAGCAUUUCCUGAAGGCUGAGCCUGAGAAAAACGGGGAGGUGAUUCACACCCCGGAAACGAGUGUCUGAGUGGCUGGGCGGGGCCGGCAGGCACAGGGAGGAGGUACAGAAGCCGGCAACGCUUGCUAUUUAUUUUACAAACUGGACUGGCUCAGGCAGGGCCAUGGCUGGGCUCCGGCUGCCGGCCCAGCGGAUCGUCGCCUGAUCAGUGUUUUGCGGGGGAAGGUGGCGGGGUGGGAACCAUGUCAUUCCAGAGUGGAUCUGUGGUGAAACCAAGCCACAAGGUUAUAAGGCAUCCUCACCAGGGGCCCCGCCUGCUGGUCCCAAGCAGCCUGCGGCCACUGCUAUGCUCAAGGACCUAGAAACCCGCACUGCAAGACAACGUGACUUUAAUGGGAGGGUGGGCCGCGGACAGGCUGGCAGGGCAGGUGCUGCGUGGGGCCCUCUCCAGCCUGUCCUACCCUGGACUCUCACAUGGGGCCUGUGCCCACCCCUCUAGUGUCUUGGGGACAGCUCCUUCCACUCCCGGAAGGUGGAAAUAAACCUGGAUGUGGGUGGAGCGUCAGGACAAUGGUUUUCUA